AUGACUGGCAAGACUGGAGUUCCAACUGGACGCUGUCGUCAGAUUGGCAACAAGUUCGGCAGCAUGCCCACAGCCCAGCUGAAUUCUCUUCAUUCUACUGUCUCUAUGAGGAAGCCUCGCACCAAGGAUAGAAUUCGGGUCUUCCGUGAAGCUACCGAACUAUCGUCCACACCACUGUCAGCGGGUGGCCCAACAAAUGCAUCGGCCAAGGAAGCUGUCAUUAAUCCCAGAGCAAGCCAUCAUUCUGCGAACCGAUUUCCAGAUGCGGAAGGAUGCCACUGUCGGCCCACUGUACAUAAUAGCUGCCGAAGUAUCGCAACCACUACACACCACAAGUCAGCAGAGAGGGCUUUCAGACGAAAAAAUACAAAUAGAAAUGAUGUAGGGUCUCCCCAACAGCAAUGCCGGCUUUCUGAUGUACUCAGCCAUAAAAAGAACUGUUUAGCUGGUCACCUGUUGCCACCACAGUUACCACAGCCAUUACCGCUACCACUUAUUGAGUCUACACCCAUGCUUGCCCGACCGGGACCAGCCAGUGACUCCGAAAUAGAUGCCUACAGUCGAUUCGUCUUCCCAGCUUCCUUCCUUCUUUUCAACUGCAUCUACUGGCUUUAUUAUCUGGUCUUGGCCGAUGACUACCCAGACAUUGAGAAGAUAUAG